AUGCAAGGCUAUUCCGAUAGAACAGGCCUGUCUCUGGGCGACAGUAAUGUGGGAAAAACCAGCCUGUGGUUUCAGUACACCGAUAACGUGUUCAAUCCGCGUUUCACCUCAACAGUGGGUGUUGAUUUUCGUCAGAAGCGCAUCGUCCGCGAAAGUCGCGAUGCUGAUGGCCUUCUAGGACCGAAACAACGACUACAUAUGCAACUGUGGGACACCGCUGGCCAGGAACGAUACCGUAGCUUGUGCUCAGUGUUUUUACGCGACGCGAUGGGUUUCUUGCUCGUGUUCGAUUUGACCAAUGAAAAAAGUCUGCACAAUUGUCGUGAAUGGAUGGAUCUGCUGUGUCAGCAUGCUUACUGUGAUCGUCCCGAUGUUGUGCUAGUCGGGAACAAGUUCGAUUUAACUGCCGAACGUCAGGUGCCCCUGUCCAUGGCCACUGCCAUGGCUCGCGAAUUGAACGUACCCUACAUCGAAACUAGUGCGGCGACCGGAUACCAAGUGGCUGCAGCUGUCGACCUUCUAUUGGAUGCGGUCAUGAACAAGAUUGAGGCAUCGUUGAUCAAAUCCCGCAUUCACGGCUCGUCACCGGAUGCAGUGAAUUUAUCCAAACAACAGUCGAAGAAACCCACUUGCGCAUGCUAG